CUGGCCAUGGCGGAGGGCGGCGUGGGGCCGGGGGACAACGGGCCCGGUCCUGAUCCCGGUCCCGAUCCCGAUCCCGGUCCCGGUCCCGGUCCCGGUCCCGGUCCCGGUCCCGGUGUCGAGCUGGCCCUGGUCGAGGGCAGAGCCGGCCGUGCCGGCCGCGUCGGGGACCCCGGGGACCUGGUGGCCCUGGCCCGGCAGGUGCAGCAGGCCAAUGAGUUUGUCCGAGCAAAUGCCUGCAGUAAACUGACAGUCAUCGCUGAGCAGAUCCGGCUCCUGCAGGAGCAGGCACGGAAGGUCUUGGAUGAAGCUAACAGGGAUGCUGAUCUGCACCAAGUGGCCUGCAACCUUGUGAAGAAGCCAGGAAAUGUUUACUACAUGUACAGGCGGGAGAGUGGGCAGCGCUACUUCUCCAUCCUGUCUCCUAAGGAAUGGGGUACCACUCCCCAUGAAUUUCUCGGUGCCUAUAAGCUUCAGUAUGACAUGUCCUGGACUCCGUUUGAGGACAUAGAGAGACGAGAUGCUGAAAUAACUGUCCUGGAGAAGCUGCUGAACCGGCAGGCAGCACUGCCCCAGUGCACGGAGCCCAACUUCCAGGGCCUGACCAAGUCACACAAGUGACCACCCAGGACUGCUUAGCAGAGCCCCUGAGCCAGGAGACACAGUGCCUGUAUGCUGCCAAGGGCAGGCAAGGAAAGAGACCAGGAAACAAAAAUGCUGAUUGCUUUGUGCUUUAAGGAGACUAAUUCUGCAUUCAGUCUUACUGGAUUUUCUAGUAAUUGAAUAAUUUACUUCAUUGAUCUAUGCCAAGCUGUAGCAAGAGGCAGGUGAUUCCAGGAGGUGAGAGUUCCAAGAGUGUUUGGAACAAAAAGCAGAAAUUGGGACUGAUGUGAUAAUGCUGUAAAAUAAUAUCUCCUCUCUGCCUGGCUCUGACGUACCUCACUGUGAGUGCUUGUGUCAGGUAAUGAUCUCAGGACUGCAUUUUGCCCCUUAUUAAAAUGCACGUGUUUAGAGAGCUCUGUGGCCUGGGAAGAGUGGUGAAAAGCCUGUGCAAAGGGUCUGCUGUGAUGACCCUUCUUCUGGUCUCUGUCCUAGCAGGUCUGAAUCCCUUAGCUGGGAUUCAGACCCCUUAACAUGGGGUGACCUGAAGUUCUCUUCUCUGGAAAGAGCAUCCUCAAAAGUGUCAUGCAGGCUUCGGGUGCUCUUCAGAUGAUGUGGGUUUCACACCCCCUUGGAUUUGAGUGCAUGAGCUGCCACGUAGAGACAUGAUACUGGAUGCCAGAGCAGUGGGGAGAGUAAAAUAAAUCAACCUUGAUCUCACAUGUACCACCAAGACAGGCCCUGUGUUCUUCCUGCAUGGCAAAAAUACCUUUAGCUUUGCCAGGGAGAUUUAGUGGCAUGUGGAGCUGGUAGGACACCUCCGGUAAUUUUUUCAACCUAGGAAAACUAGGGAAAAGUAAGGAUCAUAGUUGCUGAGGAGAUAUCCUCCCUCUGCCCAGCUGCACAGGACUUCUUCAGGAACUUGCCUGCUCUUCUGUGAGGAGCCAAAGUUGGAAUUUAUUGACAGAGAGGAUAUCCAGGUUGGAUCCUGGCAUGUAACAUUAGAUCUGGUCAGAUUCUCCCAUGACUUGCUCACUUUGCUGACAUGACAAGGUGAUCUUAUAUACUGCUCCAGGCAUUACAUGUACACAAUGGCCUUGCCACCUCCACAGCAGCAUGGGAGGCUUGGGGACCAGUUGUUGGAGCUGAAUUCUGCCCCUGGGGUCUGGGCCCGCUAUGGAUGGAGUUGGUGCUUCUUGGUGGAGCCCAAAUGUGAGGGCAUAUGCAGAAAUGACACUCUUGGGACCAGCCCUUUCACUGUGUUUUGCCAUUGCUGGACUUAUUCCCCCUUUGCAGGACACAGCCUUGCCUCCAGUCUCUAGUGUCCCUCUGUCCUCAUCCCCAAGCACUGGCAGUUGCCUUGGGAGAUGCUCAAAGCUGCUGGCAGUGACAGUUCCUCAUGGGAAGAGCUGUUUCCUUCUGGCAUUACAGAGGAUUGGGAGGUUUGGGGCAGCUCCCUAGCAACCCAGGAUUUAUUUUUUUUUGUCCCAAAUUUUCUUCUCCCAGCUCUGUCCAGUGCAGUAGCUCACCUACAUCCCAGCAUGGCUGAGCCUCUGUUUGGCAGAAACCUGCUCCUUGGAUUCAAUAUGGGACAUUCUUCUCAAUGUCUUUCCUCACUUGGAGCACAAGGGCACAUUAACAGCAGUUUAUUAUUAUUAGUGGUAGUAUUAGACCAGGCUAUAAUUAAUUCCUUAUCAAGUCUUAUUUGACAGGGGUUUUUCUCUGCUUGUUUCAUCGCCUUGGGUCUGAUUUUACUGCAUGCUAUUAAAUCUUAGCUUGAAAGGGAGAAAGUUAAUUACUGCAUGGGCUUUGCGUGGUGCUAAUUACAGCAACACCAAAUCUUUAGUUGUGUUGAUUUAUGCUCCUCUGGGGAGUGGGGAUUCCUGCCCUGGUUUUAUCUGUUUCCAUCAUUAAUAUCUGUACCAUGGCAUGCACCAGAGGACUGGGGGGUGGUGGUUAGGGACCUCUGUAGCCUUUGGUGGGAUGUCAUUUGUGUCCAGCAGUGGACAAGUGUCCACUUGUGUCUGGCCUUCCAUAACCCAUAACUCACCAGUGUUCUGCAGUUCCUCCAGGCACUGUCAAGUCUUUCUCUUGGAUUUGCCCCCAAAAAGCAAAACCACUAUGGCUUUGUAUGAAAACACAAAGGAGGUCUCAAGAGACAGGAUAUGGAGGUGAUGAACUCAUAGUCUUGCUCAGUGUUGUUGGCACUGUGGGAAGUGGGGAAUGAGGCUGCUGCAGGUGAUGGAAAGUGGGAACCAUUCCUCCAAAACUGCUUAGGCACUGUUGGGAUCUAAUUAAAGCCAAACAACGGAGGCAUCAUCAGAAAUAGUGGAAGGUGCUUUAGAACCAAAGCA